GUACCCAACGAGACCGCGAUAGUAGUAGUACCUGAAACGUCGAUUUGUACGUACCGUCGUCGUAGCCGAUUCUACGAUCAGUAUACGCGAGCGACGCUCGUUUCCCGUCGGAUACUGGAUAAUUUUUCGGGUACCAUUGCGCGAAGUGGACCGGGUUCCGAGGUACCGUGGUGCGGAAUCCGUUCGUACAGUGAUGUGGUAACGGUUGGACAGUGAUUUUUUCUCCCCCGUUCAACACGCUCCAAAUGAUGGCCUCAGAUGAAGACUGCACUGGCGGUUAUCCGAAUUACUCAUUGAUAGAUGAACAUGCGUGCACUCCGUCCCCAUCAGCGCAGUCCUCCCACUACAACAGCUGCCUGUCGCCCUCGAACUCGCCCUCCCCCUUGUUGCAGUCCUACCAACUGAGUCGCUAUUCCCAGGACUACCCCAGUGGGGACCCGCAGGAAAUGAUCCCCGCCAGCCAGGUGCUUCCCCAAGCGCUCCCCAAAGCGGGAGAAAUGUGGACAGCUGGCAACGCCAUGGACGCCUACGGGGACUAUCGGGCAUAUGACAACCGAUACGAGUAUGCGCGUCAGCAGACCUACGCAGACGCGAUGCCCGUGUAUGGCUCGAGGGGCGGGUUCCCGCACAAACUUGGGGGGCCCAAUCAGAGCCAAAAAGCCAGCAAAGAGGCGCGAAUCCGGAGGCCCAUGAAUGCGUUUAUGGUGUGGGCAAAGGUGGAACGCAAGAAGCUGGCGGAUGAAAAUCCCGACUUGCAUAACGCGGAUCUCAGCAAAAUGCUAGGAAAAAAGUGGCGCUCGCUCACCCCGCAGGAUCGCCGCCCGUUUGUGGAGGAGGCUGAACGUCUUCGGGUGAUUCACAUGACGGAACACCCCAAUUACAAGUACCGGCCGAGGAGGAGGAAGCACAACAAGCAAAGAACAACACCGGGUGGGCCAAGGGCGGCUGGUUCUUUGCCUAGUCCGGGCCUGUCUAGCAUGUCCCCCAGGUACCAGGGCUACGUCCCCAACGCCGGGCUUUCCCCUACGGUGGCGGGAUAUGCGUCGCCUCUGGACUUUCCUAGCCCGGGAGGCAGCGCCCCAGGCGACUACAGCCAGGACAAGAGGUACAGCCCCGAUACGUACAAGUUCAGCAACUACGCCUACGCGGCCUACCAAAACUACCCGGAAAAGUCGCCCUACUCCAUUCACACGCCCGAGACUUCGCCCACUCAUAGUCCGGAGCCGAAGCGGUCAUCGAAUAGUCCCCAGGACGGCGGAUCCAAAGAGUCGAAUCAAAGUCAAGAAAAGGAUACGCAACUGCCCACGCCCGAACUGAGCCCAAUGGGGCAACAGGAUAAUCAGGAGCGCGUGUCCAGCAUUCAGCACACCAGCAAUGUGACCAGCAGCAUGAGUAUGACGGCGCCCAAUCAGCAAAGCUACACCUCCAAGGUGCACACCUACAGGCAAAUGAACCCCCACUACACCAACACGCAGCCAAUCACAUCAGUGCCCAUGUCCAAUGGCAUGUACGUUAUGUGCGCCAAUAAGAGCAGCAUGGAGCAAGGCCAUGUGGUGACCGGGACCUUCUAUCCCCCAGUGGCCACCAGUCAGGACCAGCAACUGCUCGGCGUCAAUCAGCAAACGUCAAUGAACACAGUGAUUGCGAACUCAUCCGGCAACAUUCAGUACUAUCACGGCCUGAGCUACUACAGCCCGCACGCUCAGAAGGAAUACGCCGCUUAUGAGCAGCACGCUGCUCAGGAGAACAAGGAUAGUUUCAUCGGAUACCCACCCAUGAAACCCAUGGACAGUCUGCACGCGUAUCAGGAGUACGCAGCGCAUCAGCACGACCAAUCGCAGCACAGCCUUGUGCAGACCUACUUGCCGGAAGAGCGCAGCGACGUGGACAGUGAAGUUGACGGACAAGAGUUUGACAAGUACCUCAAAUAUGACGGCUCGGUCAAUGACAGCAAGUACCUGGUGGGGGGGAUGGAUGGGCGGAGCAUCGACUCGAACCACAACUAUCAUCGGAGUGAGGGCAUGAGUGCGCAAUCGCCGGUAGUGAGCAGUGCCUAUCCGUAUCAGGCGAACCAUACGAGUGUAAUCCUGCAGACUGCGCCCACUAUGGUUGAAGCCGGACUUAGGCCGGAAGUGUACGAUCUGGCUCCGAAUGGCGUAGCUGCGCCGAAAAGCGAGGACGAGUUUAGUGAAAUUCUGGCCGGGGUGCGAAAAACUUGCUUCAGCACGUGAUUGGACUCGGACCCCUGUUUUGUUAUUGUUGUUGCUGUUAAAUUUGUUUGUUGUUCUCAACGGAAGUCUAGUGCCCGACGACCACACGGUGUUGCCAAUAACACUCACGGUUUUCCUACGUAAAACCGGCAACUCCGGCAACGCUGCAGAAGAAUGAGUUAUUCUAAAGGCCAGUACACUCUGCUUAAUCGAUAGUUACUUAACAUGGUGUUUAUCUGAGGCUAGAAAUAAGGUUCCUAAAAAACGCCACUUAUACUCAAUCGGCAAUCUGAUUCGCGGUUUAUUUUCAAUACGACUUUUUGUAGGUUUUUGUUGAAUUUAGUGCAAUAUUCCCUUGUAAUUAUUUGUUGAUAUUGCCGUUGAUAUUAGUACCUAAAUAGUCUAGUUAAUGAAGCCGACUCUGCUAGUCCGGCAACACUGUGAACUGACUUUUUUUGACGGAAAUCUUAUCGUUGUUACUGUACAUACAGAGUGGCACAAUUUAGCUGACUCUUGAAUAAUGUUUCCACUAAGUCAAACUUGGCCGUAUUUUGGCGUUCUCCCAACGGCUAUUUUGACAUGACAUUUGUUGCAAAAUGCACUGAUGCCACACUUUGCAAAAUUUACUUUAAAUCAAUCAAUUUCCCGACUCAAAAGCUCAUUGGCACAUACUUGUUAGACAAAUAUUUCACGUGUAUAUUUUUCUUCUUGUGAAUUAUAGUCCCAUUAGACGAAAUAAAUGAGCCACCCUGUAUACAGUCUAGAUUAAUUGUAAAUAAAAUAUUGUAUUGUAAAUAAAGUUGGAGAAAAUUUGUAUUGAAAUACAGAAAGUUUUAUAAUCGA